AUGGCAGUGAAAAUUCGUUUAGCUAGACUGGGAUGCAAAAACAGGGCAUUUUACAGAAUCGUUGCUGCUGAUAGCCAUACCCCAAGAGAUGGCAAACAUCUUCAAGUUCUUGGUUUCUAUGACCCCUUAGCAGCUAAAGGCGAUGCUAGAAGAUUGGGUCUUAAUGUUGACCAUGUGAAGUAUUGGUUAUCGGUUGGUGCUCAACCUACAGACACCGUGCGUGGCAUUCUAAUGAGAGCUGGUUUAAUAACUCCACCCCCGAUGGUUGUGAUGGGACAGAAAAAGGGACCAUCUAAUGAUACCUCGAACCCAGAGAAUUUGAUCACCUAG